UUAGUUGCUGGUGGUGCAAAUACCGAAGUGUCAUGUAAAUUCAUACUUUUGACCCGAGUUUGCAAAGGAAAAGUUUCAAAAUACGUCUGUCAGUUUCGCAACGUGUGCCUGUCUGUAACAACUUCAAAACGUUUUAGCGGAUUUUAUAUUUGAGGAAUUUUACUAAACUUUGUGUACAUAUUACAGUUCUGGUUAAAACAGGGUAAAAGAACGGUCAGUUUACACGGAGAUUUACAUAUGUUUCUGUGCUCCAGUUGGUAACUGGAUAAUUAUAUAUCGGAGGAAAGGCGAAACUUGCAGAUUGUGGUGCCUGCCCCCGUCACGACGGUUCCAGAAGAACCGGGAACUCCCCAACUGUCGUCACACCAACAACUGACAGAAGUGGACACAUUUUGGAAACAUAGCUGGUCAAGUCUGUAAAGGCAGAGAGGAAAGCUAUGGUGACAUCAAUAUGGAAGAGAGAGUUUCACUCCAAAUUAAUUCAAUUAGAGUACAACAAGCCAGAAGAAUUUGUAAGGUGUCAGUGGCAGAGAAGACUGAGCGUCCAUCCAGUCUAUUUAACUUACCGGUGGUUCACAGCAAUCCUCUUUUUGGCCACAAUGAUCUUCUCUAUCUGUGAUCCAGGCCGAAGCAAUAAGAAUCCAGGUUCAUGGUACAUUAGCAGGUGGCCCAUAUACCUCACCCACUGGGGGUAUACUGUGUGCACAACACAAGCUCUACUUGGGGCAUGGCUUCUCAGUUACAAGCUGAUUGCAGAACGGAAGCCAGAUUUCAGAACAAAUGAUUCUGAGAUGCCCUUCAGUUAUAAAGUUUACUGGGCUCUAAACACAACAGGCAUUGUUUUGGCCCUUGACAUCACAGUUGGAUAUUGGUUCACAGUAUAUGAUCCAGCCAUUCACAAAUUGGACAUACUGAAUCUCAUGAUCCAUGCAUUCAACUCUGUGUUGAUGGUAACAGAUCUGUUCCUCGCAGCCCAUCCAUUCAGACUGCUACACUGCUACUGGCCACUCCUUGUUACAGUUUGCUAUAUAGUAUUUAGUUACAUUUAUUAUGAAUUCGGAGGUACAGACAGACAAGAUCGACCAGUUGUUUAUUCCCUUUUGGACUGGCGCCUGCCAAUUAAAGCAGCCAUAUCUUCAGUCUUUGGAUUACUGGUCACUCUCUCAGCCCACUGUGUCACAUGGUUCCUGUUUCUAAUCCGCAAGUGGAUUGCUCUGUCGAUAAAAAAGAAAACUGAUCUCCUCACAUAUGAAGAAAAGAAUCAUACACCUUCACAAAUGCAGCCAGCACUGCAAAUGAAUGACAUUAUUUGUUGAUUACAUCUGCUUGCUGAUG